AAUACAGUACUCCGUAAUUAAUAAAAAUAUACUCCGUAAUUAAAUACAAAUUCUAUGAGUUUUUAAUUAUAAAGUGUUCAUUGUUUUUUGGUGCGGGAAGCGAAAUAAAACCUUAAUACUUACUGGGAUUCAAGAUGGGAGUAACGUCUGAAAAUGGAGACCACCGGAGUGCUGCUGACAUGCCCGAUGUAUGCAUACUUAGAACAAGAACUCGACAACCGAUUCAAGCUCUACCGGUUCUGGAACUUCCCGCAGAGGAAGGAAUUCCUGAGCGAGAACGGCAACUCCAUCCGCGCCGUCGUAGGAAACGCCUCUCUCGGCGCCGACGCCGAGCUGAUCGACGCACUGCCCAAUCUGGAGAUCGUCUCUAGCUUCAGCGUCGGUUUGGACAAGAUCGACUUGGCCAAGUGCAGGGAAAAGGGGAUCCGGGUCACCAAUACCCCCGACGUGUUGACCGGCGACGUCGCUGACCUGGCAAUCGGGUUGAUGCUCGCUGUUCUCCGAAGGAUUUGCGAGUGUGAUCGACAUGUGAGGAAAGGAUUGUGGAAGAUGGGUAGCUUCGAGCUCGGGCUGACCACCAAGUUUAGUGGCAGAACCAUUGGGAUUAUAGGGCUUGGAAGGAUCGGGUCAGCAAUUGCUAAGAGAGCAGAGGGUUUCGAUUGUCAAAUCUGUUACCACUCCAGAACAGAGAAACAAAACAAAAAUUACAAGUACUACCCUAGUGUGGUUGAGUUGGCUUCUGCUUGCCAGAUUCUAGUCGUCGCUUGUGAACUAACCCCAGAAACUCGGCACAUCGUCAACCGAGAAGUGAUUGAUGCUCUUGGCCCAGAGGGAGUUCUCAUCAACAUUGGGAGGGGCCCACACGUCGACGAGCGCGAGAUGGUGUCAGCUCUAGUUGAAGGACGGCUGGCUGGUGCUGGACUUGACGUGUUCGAAAACGAACCUUGCGUGCCCGAGGAGCUGUUUGGGCUGGACAAUGUAGUCCUGUUGCCCCAUGUUGGAAGCGACACGGUGGAAACAUGCAAGGCCAUGGCUGAUCUUGUUAUCAGCAAUUUAGAGGCUCACUUUCUUAAUGAACCACUACUGACCCCUGUGGUAUGACUUUUCUAUUGACAUGCCGGUAUGAAUCUGUUUUGGAAUGUUUUUAUUCGUUAUGCGUGUUUGUGAAGUAUGGUUGUGUUUUGUUUACCUGAUCUGAUUGUAGUUAUAGUUAAAUCAAAAUCAAAAUACACUUCACACAGUAAAAUUUGCUGAGUGGC